AUGGCUGUCAUGUCGCGAGCCUCUCAUGCUGCGCGAGAAUCGGACGCGUACUGCAAUGCGUCGUGUGCACGUGAGUUUCAUGGAGUGGCUCCUUGGACUAGGUUAGUGCGCCAUCAUCGCAACCACCCACGGCGGCCGCAACUGGCGGCGGCCAUUGGAGAGAGAGAGAUUGCUUCGUUUAGGCCUUGUCGCUCACCCGCGACAAUGGAGUGA